AUAGAGAGACGAAGAACAAUAAGAAAAUAAAGGAAAAGAAAAAACAAUCGAGCUGAUUUUCUCUGCCAAACCAUGAUAGAUUACAUGUAUGAACAAGUAUAGAUGGAUCGUCAAUCGUUUCGGUUUCCCUCGUUUGUUUCUUGAUCCUGAAUGGCUCAUAAUCAACAUAAAAUCCCUCAUUUUGUUCAGAUUUUUAGUUGAUCCUUUCAACAAUCUGAUUUCGAACCCUCGAGAGUAAUUCUCUCAGGCUCGAUUCCAACAGAAAUUGCUAGAUCCGAUAGAUUUCAGGAUCUUGAAGAAAUUAAUUUUGCUUUAGGGAGCUGAAAAGGGCUGUAAAUGGACGAUUUCGGAAUGUUAGCGAGAGAUUUUGGGUACAAACCCCAAGGAAAAGCAGCUCCCAUGUCGGCGUCUAGAGCCAAUAUUGGAGAUGCAGGUGAGCGGCGGCCUCGAUACGAUGAUCACAACCCAGAUGAAUCGUUGUUCAAUGAUGUCUUUGGUGGCCCACCCAAAUACUCAACUUACAACGAUAACAGUAAACCGGCGUCUACUUUAGGAGAUUUGGAUUAUGAUUCCAUCUUCAAGAGUUCGUCGACCUCGGGGUUCAAUAGCACGAAGAACGAGAAACCAUCGUCAUCGCCAGUGUAUGACAAGCCGGUCUAUGAUGAGGACAUUUUCGAUGGCUUGCCUGGUUUGAAGACUAAAGCUACAUCUUCUUCAGUUAGAUUUGAUGAUGAUGCUUUUAGGAGCAUUUCUUCGCCUCCAGAAUCGCAGCGGCAAAGUGCUGCUGCUUUUGAUGAUCUUCUUGGAAAUUUAGGCAGGAAUCUAAAAUCGGAAGCCAGUAAUCAAAAGAGUUCUGGAGAAAUGGAUGAUCUUCUACCAGGCUUUGGCCGCACUGGUUCUUCUGCAAGCAUCAGAUCACAUUCAGAGUCCAGACAGCCCCCUACUAAUUCAAGAAAAGAAACUUUUAGUGUAUUGAAUGAUCCUUUUGUUGUAUUGGAAUCAACCUCAAAAGCAGCAGGUUCAUCAUCAAGCCCGUUUGCAGAUCCAUUGGAUGAGAUCGGUAAGACUGGUAGCUCCAGAAAAGUAGAAGCCACAAGUUCCUCCAACAGUGGAGCAUUAUUUGAUGAUAUUGACCCCCUUAAAGAUAGGGUGAAAGAAGGUAGCCCCUUGAGAACAGGAUCAAACACAAGAAUGGAACAAACAUCCAAUAGUGAAUCAAUUGGGAGAUCUUCUUUCGGUGGCCAUGAAAACCACUCUCAGAAGAAUAUGUCAUACAGAAGUUUUGAUGAGUCUCAUCUAAAUAUGUUUGACAUCCCAAGUGUUUCCGAUAUGAGCCAUACCUUUGAAGAUCAAGUUGAAACAUCUGGAAAAGUAUGGCUUACAGUGAUGGACUUUCCUCUUGUUACACAGCCAACAAUUUCCCCUCCACCAUCAAGGCCCCCUCCUCCAAGACCAGAAGCAGGGUUUUUUUCAACAAGAAAAAGCACUGUAGCGAAUCAAGUAGAUGAACUUGAUGAUUUUUCUAUGGGUAGUAGAAGCAGACACAAUGACAAUGCCUAUGGUGAAGAAGAGAAUGCCAAUUCAUCUGCUGCUGCUUCUGCAGCUGCUAUGAAGGAAGCUAUGGACAACGCUGAGGCUAGAUUCAGAUAUGCAAAGGAAGUUAAAGAGAGAGAGCAUGGAAGGACUUCUAGAAGUAAAGAACCUUCCCAACAGGAAAAGGACGAACUGCUUAUGCAAGAUGAACAGGAGAGAUUAGAACAUGAAAAGCGUCUGAAGGAAGAAGAAGAGAGAGAACAGAAGAGACUCGAGGAGAGGGAGAGAGCAAGAGAGGUUGAGAGAGAAAGGGUCAAAGCGAGACAAGCUGUAGACAGAGCCACUAGGGAAGCACGCGAGAGAGCAGCUGCUGAAGCUCGUGAAAGAGCUACCUCAGAAGCCCGCUUAAAAGCUGAAAGGGCUGCAGUUCAGAGAGUGCAAGCUGAAGCUCGUGAGAGAGCUGCAAUAGAUGCACGUGGAAGAGCAGAAAAAGCUGCUGCAGAAGCUAGAGAUAGGGCGAGUGCAGAAGCAAAGGAGAAAGAAGCAAGGGAAAGGUCUGCUGCUACAGCAAAAGCAGAACGGGCUGCAGUAGAAAGGGUUGCUGCUGAAGCUCGGCAAAGGGCAGCGGUUGAAGCUCGGGAUAGAGCAGCUGCUGCUGUGAGAAUGAGCCAACAAAAGAAUGACAAUGAUCUUGAGUCCUUCUUUAGUGCUGGUUCACGUCCUAGUAGUGCACCUAGGCCAAGGGCAACUGCUGAUCCCGUUGAUUCCUUUUAUCAAAGCAAGGGAGCACCUGAUACAAGGAAGACAACAUCCUUUGUUAGUACCUCAUCCAAUAUCAGGAAGGCAUCUUCAGCUACCAAUAUUGUUGAUGAUCUCUCAUCAAUAUUUGGAGGUGCUCCAUCAUCUGGAGACUUCCAAGAAGUUGAAGGGGAAACCGAAGAAAGAAGAAGAGCAAGAUUGGAGCGCAAUCAGAGGACCCAAGAGCGUGCGGCUAAAGCACUUGCUGAAAAGAAUCAGCGCGAUCUUCAAGCUCAGCAUGAACAAGAUGAAAGACAUAGAAUUGCGGAGACAUUAGACAUCGAAAUCAAACGAUGGUCUGCAGGGAAAGAAGGAAAUCUGAGAGCACUUUUAUCAACAUUACAAUAUGUACUUUGGCCUGAAUGUGGCUGGCAACCUGUAUCUCUGACCGAUUUGAUAGUGGGCGCGUCAGUUAAAAAAGUAUAUAGAAAAGCGACUUUGUGCAUCCAUCCUGAUAAGGUGCAACAGAAAGGCGCCACUCUUCAACAGAAGUACGUCGCUGAAAAGGUUUUUGACCUUCUCAAGGAGGCUUGGAACAAGUUCAAUUCAGAGGAGCUUUUCUAGGCAGGCAUGUGGGAACCAUGUGGUCAAGUUCCAUCAGUUUAGAAACCCUAUUCAAAGAAUGCUUUUUGAGCUUUUCAGAGGGUUUCUACUUCUUAUCCUAUUUAUAUAUUAAAAGAAAAAUGAAGACUUCCCUCAUUGGUGAUGAGAUAGAUGACAGCAUUGUACGCCGAAGCAGGAAGCUGAUGAAGCUCAAACAGGUGAUUUGUUUUAAUCUAUAUCCAAUAGAGUUUAUAUAACUAUUAUGUGUUUAUUAUUAUUAGUACAAGGACCGCCAUGAAAUGGACCAAAUUAUGUACUAGAGUUGAGAGAGGAGUCUUAUGAUUGUUAUGUAUAUUCAUUUGCUGCAUUAAAAAGAAAAGAAAAGUUGAGGUUGGAAUUCGUUGCA